GAGAAUGUGGAACGGGGUAACUGGUCUUCGAAGACUGAUUACCUGCUCUCAAUGAUUGGUAAUGCAGUGGGUUUUGGGAAUGUUUGGAGAUUUCCUUACCUGGCUUACAAAAACGGAGGAGGUGCAUUCCUUAUUCCCUAUUCUGUCAUGCUGGCCCUUGUUGGGAUACCAUUGUUUUUCUUGGAGUGUUCCUUUGGUCAGUUUGCCAGCCUUGGGCCUGUUGCAGUGUGGAGGGCUGUGCCUAUGUUACAAGGUGUGGGGAUUGCUAUGAUGCUUCUGAUUACAAUGUCCAACAUUUCGUACAACUGCAUCGUUGGCUACAGUCUAUACUACCUGUUUGCUUCCUUCCAAUCACCCCUACCAUGGGCAGACUGCUUCAGUUGGUGGGGAGCAGAUGAAACAUGCAGCAGGACCCCAAAGACUCCCUGCAAUCUCACUCUGACUGAUGGAUAUUUUGAAAUCGUUAAUAUAACACAGCUGCAGGAAAACAAUGGAUCUUGUCCAAAUGGAUCAGAAAUCUCCAAUCCUCACCAGGGCCCGAGUGAGCAAUACUGGGAUAAAGCAGUUUUACGCCGUUCCAGUUCAAUGGAUGAGACUGGGGAGGUAAUCUGGUAUUUAGCCCUCUGUCUGCUUCUUGCCUGGCUAAUAGUUGGGGCAGCAUUAUCAAAAGGAAUCAAAUCUUCAGGAAAGGUGGUUUAUUUCACUGCGACAUUCCCUUACGUGGUUCUGACCAUACUCCUGAUCCGAGGGGUUACCCUGGAGGGAGCUUCUAAAGGAAUUGAAUUCUACAUCGGAAGCCAGUCAGACUUCUCCAGACUGGCUGAUGCUGAGGUCUGGAAAGAUGCUGCGACUCAAAUUUUCUUUUCUAUCUCAGUGGGUUGGGGCACUUUAGUAGCAUUGUCGUCUUACAACAAGUUCCACAAUAACUGCUACAGAGAUACCAUCAUUGUCUGUGUUGUUAAUUGUGCUACGAGUGUGUUUGCUGGAUUUGUCAUCUUCUCCAUCCUGGGACACAUGGCUCACAUACAAGAUAAGCCCGUUUCAGAGGUUGCCCAGUCAGGUUUCGGUUUGGUCUUCAUUGCCUACCCAGAGGCCCUUGCACAGUUACCGUGGGCACCAUUAUGGUCUGUUUCAUUUUUCUUCAUGCUGCUCACUCUGGGAGUUGACACACAGUUUGCAGGUUUAGAAACAGUUAUGACAGCCCUGCAAGACCAGUUCCCUACAUUGGUCCAAUCAAAGCGCCUUCUUCUGACAGCUGGUGUUUGUUCGUUAUUUUAUCUGCUUGGCCUUCUAUGUGUGACACAGGCUGGGAUUUACUGGCUAAAUUUAAUGGAUCAUUACGUUACGGACUGGAUUCUCGUUAUAACAGCUCUCCUGCAACUCAUCGGUCUCAGCUGGAUCUAUGGGACAAACAGAUUCAUCAAGGACAUUGAGAUGAUGAUUGGGGAAAGGACUUGGCUCUUCUGGCUGUGGUGGAGAAUGUGUUGGAUUCUGAUCUCUCCGUGUUUGCUGGUGGCAGUCUUAAUCUGGUCCUUGACAACAUUUGCCCCACUAAGAUAUGGAUCUGUUGAAUACCCUGUCUGGUCAGGAGCACUGGGCUGGUGUAUGACCAUCUUCUGUAUUAUGUGGAUCCCCAUCAUGGCUGUGGUGAGAGUUGUCCAAGCUGAGGGCCCCACCUUGUGGCAGAAAAUAUCUGCUGCUUGCACAUCAGCUCCUGAUUGGGGUCCCUACUUGGAACAACACAGAGGGGAAAGAUACAGGAAGAAGCCUGACUCUACAGAAGACCCAAACUGUGUGCACCUUCUGGUCAUUCCUGAGAAGUAA